AUGAAGGGUACUGACAGGUUGGUGAUGAAACUGAAGCAACUAAUUCAGGGCGAUCCGUCUACUGACGAAAAGGCGACCAGUUCGAAUGACUCCAAUGACGAGCAGCGCACUGGUGAAACAGCAGCCUGGGUUGCCGAUGUCGGUGAGGGUGCUGCUCGUCCGAGGUACAAGUACUUCUGGUCCAGGGACUUCCGGAGUGACCCCAACCUAUUUCUCCUCGGCAAGCGUCUGGAGGAAGCUGACAUCCGUCCGGACGAGGGUACCAACGCCUCCAGCGUAACCAACGGCAGUACUGAUGAGGACGACCAGCGCACUGUGAAUACUGAACGUUGGCACCGACCAAUACGUUCCUGCCUGCCGCCUCAACGCCUUGAAGUCGUUGAUCGAGAUCUCGAGAAGGCGCUACAGCGGGUAAGUUCUCGAUGGCUGUGCAUGUGUGGGCAUUUGUAAAGCAGCCUUUCAGGCGAUAACUGAUACUACGCCGAGAUGAAUUAAAGUGUAUUCUACUGAGGAGUGCACUGAUGUGCCCUGAGGAUGGAUUGCCCAGUGUCGCUCUCACUCCUCCACUCUCUUCCCAAUUGGGAAUGGACUUGAACGCAGUGACUGAGAAAGCUAAACAUGCCAUGUGCGCGUGCCACACACAACACGAUUAUCUCUACGUGUAACAGGCCAAGGCCAGGGAGGUCUCAGCUCUCACGUGGGCGAGACUGCCGCGAAAGCCACGUUGAGAAUUUUGGUGAUUUUCCGUAUACGCCUAGCGCGCUGCAGUCCAUGACGCCCUCGCGUAUGUGCGAGAAAUCGCAGCAUCAGCCUUUCGACAGUCACAAAAAGCCAGAAACCCACCUUCAGCCCCACUUUAGUAACGCCACAACCACUCUCUUUCUCAGUCCACAGAACUCCACCCAGUUAAAGCUCCGGUCCAUUUAAAGUCUUAACGUGGGCCAGAAGCAGACGGUGACAGGCUGUAAAUUAAACUGCCUGCGCUCCACUCCUGUACCUGUCCACACCGGUAGCGAUGGUUUCCUGCCUGACAACGACGGUAGCAUCCUUAAAGGCGGUAAGAGGCGCCAGAGGUUGUUCUUGGUGUCCGAUUCGGAGGUGGACGCUGUUGCUAACUACUAGGACGACGCAUCAAAAGGUCCUGGCAACGAACUAUUUUGAAAACUGGGCAAGUGUUUCUCAACAGACAAGUGCCAUGAACGAAGACAGUGAAGCCUAAAAUGGUCAUUUACGUCGCAUUUGCUGUGGUGAUCUUUAGCCUGUUAUAUCCACUACUACAGGCAUGCGAUUUGAACCCUGGUUCACCCCUUCUUCCGUACUGAGCCACUUCGUAGUCGUGCCCGCCAGCCUUGCGUCGUAGCUUUUGCCAUUGCUUCCAACAAAGCUGUCAAAUCACGGUUAGCCGCCUGUAAUUGUUUAUCUAUUAGUUGCCUGCAAGUCUACCUCAGAGUGAAGUAGACUGAACACUCAGCACGAGUCCAUGCGCGCUGGUUCAUACUGCCGGCCUAGUCUUCACCGACAAAUCGUUGUUCACUGUCGGCAUAAACGUUAACUCAACAUUAACUAGAACAGCAUCUGCGCAGUCGUUACCACUGCGGUCACAACUGCUAAGAAGUAGCAUAUUUAUGGUAGGGGGAGGGGUGAGCUUGGAGGAAGUAGGAGGAAUAAGAUCCGGACAGCGACAACCCCCAUCCCAUCCCCUCCCUUCGUACUAUUUGUCUGUCUGAACGGCGUUCUGUUAAGCUAGAAGUCGGAAAAAAGUAGUCUUUGGCCUAAGUAACACCGAAAGUCGGCCCUUUUGUUUAUACCAUAACCCAUAUUCUUGAAGUGGAUGCUGGACACUCAGCCACGCAGGAUGUAUUGACUCGUUAUUCCAGCUUAGCUUGUGCAAAAUCGGGUCGUUAGACAUACUAACGUGUACAUCCAUGCGAAUCCAACCUAGGAAAGACUAACUGAGCGUUAAAGUAUAGUAAUAAUACUAGACAUUUAGGUCGGCCGUUGACUGAUCGUUAGCAGUCCCGUGGUGGCGAUUUAGAGUGGACUGUUUCAGUAUUAUCCCUAGUCACCACGUGAACUGUCUUAGGAGGUCUCCAAGACGUUCCGAAGACACGAUAAACUGCUUUAACAAAGAGCACAGAAAUCCUUGAGGAGGCGGCAAAAACACCAACGCUGCUAACGCUUAACCCCCUCCCUCCCAUGUGUCCUCACCGCCAAUGCACUUUCGGGAGUCACAUGGGCUUGUUAAACUGCGCACAUUCGCACCCGCCGGAUUACUGUCACCACCAACGUCACCGGCGCCACGUUGAAGCGCAUGGCACCCACCCUCACAACAAAUGUACCUCGCCGACGCGUUUGUCGCCCUGGUUGGACACCCUGUCCGCUUGCACAGAGCCAACUCUACCCGUCACUAUUCCUAGCCACCACUUCAAUUGCCUCGUCGCCUAUCAUAACGCUACGCCUUGACCUGUAUCUUCUAGUCGCCCCAGAUAACCAUUGUGCAUUCCCUGUUCCAGCCAGCCCCUCUACCUCACCCAGGUGUCAAUUGGAAGGGAGAGGGAACACGCGACUGUUAGGGGAGGAGGUUUCUCUAUGAUAGUGUUCUUGCAAUGUUAUAGAAGUUCGACCUGCUGAGGAAAGACAGGAUGGGACGAGGAUACAGACAACCCCCUCGUCUCCUAAUGAGUUUGAGGAGCAUAGGACUCUUUUAAGUAGAAAUAUGACAAGCGGCCUUCCAGAAGUCACGGUCUUAAUUCAAUAGUCCUUUUGACCUUACAGAUCCGGUGGUGAUCUUACCGGAGGGAGUUACCCUGAGAUGUCGGUUAAAUAGGGUGGAAGUGGGAAGUUUUAUCUUUCGAAAGAAUUCAGAGGAAGAAGACGAGGUCUUGACCGCUGAGAAACAACAGUCCGACCGUCUUUACCGAAUAUGUCCUCUUGUGCACCACAGCAGGGCUGACACAGGGAUAGUGACUGGGGCAUGAGUAAAUUGAUAGCGAUGGUGGACUUGCGCAACAUCUACCGCACUCUCUUUUCCUCCCCACCUUGAUCCGGUGUCAAGACAGGGUCAAAAAGACCGGAGACGAGAUCGAACGCAGUGGGUGGCAAAGCUAAAUAGGUCGGCUGCGCGUGUUACACACGCCUAGUCCGCUCAUGAUGGAUUAGAUUUUCACGCAAAACAAGAGAGAGCGGCUCGGCGGAUCACAACAGAGUGGAAGUGCCAUAAAGGCCGGAUUAAGAAUGAACCACUAUAGCCGGACUCACCGUCCUCAAGGCAGGACCUAGUUAUCCCGUCGGUUGACAGCGACGGCUUUUAACGCCUUAGAUUGUUUAUAAUGACGGAUGCGCGCUGAAUACCGUGGUGACGGAAUUCCCUAGGUCGACCUCUCUCUCUCUCUCUCUCUCUCUCUCUCUCUCUCUCUCUCUCUCUCUCUUUCUCUAUCAUGCACCAGUGCACCGUCCAGGCCGGUCAGUCAUCUGACGCAAGUGCCUGACAAACUUAGGGAGACGAUUGCACGCGUCGCACACGACCUGCCCGUUGUAAAUGACGAAGUCAAGGAGAUUUCUCUGUCUGAUUACAAUAAGAAAUGCCUAAUUUCGUUCUUUUAACCACGGGAUUUUACCUUCGCCUGUUCUACGAAGAUUAUAACUGAGAAUUAAGGACAUUUUUCGGACGUUUUCGAGUUACAUAAGCACUCAUCUUCCGACAGCGAGAAAACCAUCAAAUUCCCUGUCUCUUUUUAUUGAGUUCUGUAGAAAAGCCGCAGCCCUGUGUCAUUUGCAGGUGGCUCCGUGACGUCUGUGGGAUGUGCUUAAGGCUUAUUCAAAGUAGAAUUUUAAUUCCGGAACUACUGAGUUUUAUCUGCUUUUACCUCCCCCCCCCUCAUAAAACUUAAACUGCCCUUCUUACAUCCCCUUGCGUUUCCAGUUAAAAUCUUGACUCCUUCAGGGUGUUGUGCUUAGCUAUUGUAAUUGUGUUUUCCAUUACUGUUAUACAACAAUAAUAUAUAAAUAUAUAAUAGUGAGUUGGAACGCAUACGACGGCAGGUUACUGGCUGAAGUACCAGAUGAGUAUUGAUUUUGUAGAACGUUUGAAAUUUUAAUUGUUUUCUGCACAUUUACUCUAGUCUGACGACGACACGGGGAACCGACGUCGAAAAUUUACUCAAUAAAAUUUUAUCUCUUUCCCAAAGAACAUAUUUGAUUUCAAAUAUAUAGUAGUAAAUAUGCAAUGAGAUGUCCUAGAAGAUGAGUGCUUUUAUACACACCUCAUUCUUCAUGUACCUUUACGGAAACGAUUCCUUAUGUGGAUAGAACGGAGACCCCAGAUACACUCGGAUAAAUCGCGCCCGUCUCUCUUCCUCUAAAGCUUGCUAUAGAUCUCUUUGACAAGGAUUUUUACUCAAUCUCUAUUUAUAGGCUACAUUAAUAAAAGACUAAUUUUUAGGUCUUUGGAACUCAUAAACUUGUGGUCAAACCUUCUACAUAAUUCAUUUUCAGAGUUUGGCCGAUGGACGCCGCACUGCAGUUCUAGCCGUGUCUCAGCAAGCGGAUGAACUUCCGAGAGCCAACAGGCGUCCCACAAAACAAGUUCAUCGCAACGCGGUGCGAGUAGGGCGUAAUUCACGGGCCGAAAACAAACCAAAACCCGAGGAACUGCAAUGUCACAACCACUCGCCUUCGUCUACUGAUACUGUUGGGACGGCAAUGGCAAGUUUUAUUUUUAGAUUACAAGUUACUUACAAAACAAAGUAGACAUUGUGACAGGACGUAAAUGUUUCGCGUCAUCGGUUUUUUGAACGAACUUGUUUAACACUCAAAAAAACAAUUUCAACUCUCAGGCCACGGACUGCAACGUUUCUGGGAAAGAGCAAGAAGGUCGGACCACCCCGCCUACUUUGACAAGCCUGUAUCCAAGCGCUGGGACGCUCAAGUUGGCAGAGGCUUCGGAAAAAGUCGAAAACUCGACGUCGGCUCCACCCCCUUCUCCAGCCAUCCUUCAACAGACUAACCAACGUCGACGCAAAGCUUUCCGGUUCGCCAUUAUGAAGCGUCAUCGAAACCGUAAGACGACGCCACCUCCGCCACUUCUUUCUCCCAAUACUCCACCUCGGGACGGCGCCCAGGCAGAAACCCCUUUUCCCGAAGGUACGUAACUUCCUCUGUUACUUGACUCAUGCCUUUAGUACAACAGGGACUUUUUCGUGCGUUUAAGUGUUUUUUUAGCUUUAAAAUGUAAAUGUAUGCUCUGGGCUUUCCUCUCGCUAUGGUACUGUUGAUGCGACCGAACCUUGUCGAUAGCCUCUAUGAGGCGUGGUUGGAACCUCGUUUUGCUUUGACUUGGCUGCCAUUAUGAGGCCUCAGUUUGCCUAGCUAUAAGGCCAAAUAAUAAUUUUUGGCCAGUUGCACUACAGUCAGUGACCGAUCUCAUGAAAAGUUAAACGAAAUGCGGGAAUUAUUUUUUGGUUAGGAAGGAUUAUUUAAGUGGGACUGUAAGAUUGAUUAUCUUACGACGUUACCAUGUGAUAUCUCAGACACAUAAGGGUGUUGUCAGUUGAAUGCACUUUUUUCGGUCACAUGCAAAAAUCGCACUCAGUAAAAAUGGCUGUUUAAGUAGUAUCCAUUUUCUCUAUUGACUUUCGAUGCCCCUGUAAAUUCAAAUGUAUUUUAUACAAAACCUCCACAAAAAUAUUCUUUCUUGUAGCCAUUUAGUAGAAAAUCAUGUCUUCUUAAAAUUUUAAACUUAAAGAAAUGUUGUCUUUUGAUUUUAAAGUGUUUUUCAAUUUCCGAAUAAUUUUUAACUUGAUCUGCUGUUACGCUUUCGUUUGGUGUUUCCAGCCUUCAAGCUGUAAACCUUCCGUGUAAGGAAAAGCAUAAAUUCCUUUAUGCCAUUAGGAAGAUGCCAUAUGGGGUUCAUAAAAUGUUACAACGGGUGUGGACCGUGUUGUAGACUUAGUGAUGGGCAUUAUUUAGCGGUCGGACGCGACGCUAUUCGAGUGAUCGAUGCGCGAUCUUAAAAAAUCUCACGACUAUAAACUUUUUUAAAACCAACAGACACCCUUUCUUCGAGUAGAAAAUUUGGGGAAGACGUGAUUUGCUACAGAAUGGGCACAAUAAAGGAUAUUUUUGUGCAUGUUUUCUGCAAAAUAUUUUUAUAAUUCAUAAGGAAACCGACAAUUAGUGGGGAUAAUGCAUGCUACUAAGUAGACCUUUUAUCGAGUGCGUCCUUUACAGGUGGCCGAAAAGAAGUGCAUUCAAAAGCCAACAUCCUGCUGUGUCUGAAAUAUCGUGGGAUUAUGCUGCACGAUGAUUAGUUUUACAACCCCGUUUAAGUAAUCCUUCCCAAUGGAGAACGCAUUGCAGAAUAUCAGUUAAUGAAAUCGAUCACUGACUGUGUAUCUUGAGACCCCAGUUUACCACGUCGCGUGUAAUGCAUGAUAAAAUUGUGCUAUAAACGUACCAUUGCGGUAAUUUUAGUAGCAUAGAUAUUGUAGUAAAGCAGAUAAAUCUCACUUGUCCCCAUUAGGACACUUUGGACAACACUUCGCUGGCCACACUUCCGACAUUAUUCAUACCUUAGGAACUACUGUUUUCAUUUUUUUUCUAUCUACAAGGUAGCCAGAGCUGUGCUUUCGUUCAGUCGGUUGACUAUUCUGUUAUCUAAAAGCCAAGGAGGGCAGUUCAGACAACCGCUUUCGAAAUCCUCAUGACCCAUGGGCAGCUAUGUAGAGUGGUAGAAAGCCAGAGCUUUUGAGACACGAUUUCCAACCCCUAUCCCAUGAGAAGACAGACAUUACCCCAUUGAAUAGGACUGUCUGCGCUCUUAGACGACCGCCGAAUUCUACGAGGUUCCAUCGUUUUUAAAGGGAAAAGGAGCCAAGAUAGCCUGCGCAGUCUACGGGGUUGAAUGUCGCAUAUAAAGUAGCAAUCAGCACUCCACCAGUGAAUUGCAAUUCGGUUUGGUACAGACGGUCUGCAGAUGUAAAAAAAUAUGAACAUAUCAAAAAUCACCCCGAACUGUACAAAUGUAAAACAAUCCUUGCAGCACGUCCGCUCAGUCUAUCUUUCAGAGUAGAGACCACUUGUUUUUAUCAAGAGGACUUUCCUUCCAUGAGAUUUAUGUAAUGCUUUUGAUCCUGACGGAAUUCGCCGAGUUUCAGGGUCUCAGUGAAUACUUACGGUCUUCAGUGUUCAAAAUAGGCGGGCCAUGAAAAGAGGCUUUGUUCAAUGCGUUUAUCCAGACAUCUGGUUUUCUAAAAUUAACCUGCCUGUUUACAUCCUGCAUCAUCUGCUUUAUGUGGAGAAAAAAGUGAAUUUUCAAGUGCAGCAAUUCCGUCCAGCAAAAACCCCAAGUUUAGAAUGUUCGCCUCUCAUAGAAAAAUACGAGCGGAUGUACCAACUUAGUCUAGGGCAGUUAUUAGCAUAGAAACUGCCCGAAUACAAGGUAACGCAUAUCCCGCCUCAAAUUCGCAGGCAUUUUAACCGACAAAAUCGUAUAUAAACAUAUUCUGUAUGCCAAAUGGAGAUUUUCUCAAAAGGGUUGAAAAAUGUCUAAAUUUCGCAACAUUUUAGACGCCUAAAAUAUAUCUUCUUAAUUUCUGUCAUCCUGUUUCAUGAGAAAGGUUACCUACUGCAUGCUUGUACACCUCGAUUUUACAGUUUGGCCAAAAUAUGGUGAAAAACACUCUUUGCUUGGCAAUUGCCGGUCCACAGUUUUCUGUAAAAAAAAAACGUUCUCCCUUCACCAUGGCCAGAAUACAAAUGAGUCGAUGACGAGAGAGUAAGUUGGUUUCAGUAGAGCUGCAUAACAGUUAUGGGGGCAGUUAGAGGUUCACUUUCUUUACACGUAUGACUCCCUGCCAGAAACGGUAGUAUGGAACGUAGAUAUACUGAUGUAUGGCAAGAGAUGUGCCGGAAGCCACGACGUAUGGGGUGGAAAGACUUCUCGGCAGUGCUUGUGAUGGGUGGGUGCCGCAGAGGACUUGAUAGUGAAUUGAGGCGAGUGUUAGAAUUCCAGGUGUCUGUGUGUGUAAGGAAGAACAAGAUUGAUCGAGCACCGGAAUAAUUUGUUUAUUUGUCUGAACUUUCGAAGUCAAGCCGGAGUCCAUUAUCAGAGAUAAAAACGGCAACAGGACAGGCGAUAGUUAAGGGGGGUCUUUUUUCCAAUAAACGAUCGAUGACGCAGGCAUGGGGAGGCGCCUGCGCACAGCCCUGCAUACCGGCGCCAAAUAGAUACAUCGAUUGACUGAAUUCUCAUCCGGCACGCAGACUUCAAUCAAUUCUCCAGUUGCUUCAUUUCCGGCUUGGACGAUUAUCUUGGUGGCUGCGAGGUCCAGCUCGUCAUCCCUUUCAAAGGCGUGGGUGAUGGCCACUUGCAAUAAUUUGUCACGCCGUCGCGGCGCCAGCUUACGCUCGUGUACGCGCGGUCUGGGCAUGCGUUCAGUUGACUCGCGUAGUUACCCAAUCUCCGGUUUAGUGACAGAAUCGGUCCUACAAAAGUUGGCAAAGACUGCCUUCACCCAACGGGAGCCGGUGUUCUGGCACCCUUAGGUGGACGACUUGUUUCUUAUCGUCAGAAAAAGCGUGCUGCAGAAUUUCCACAAACUGUUCACGACGAAUAAACAAAUUGUUCCAGUACUCGACUAGUCUUGUCCUUCCUUACUCACACUUGUCAGUGAUGUUGAUUACGGUAAGGAAGACUUGCCGGGAAUCGACCGCACUCACCCUCCCCAAUUCCAUCGUGGUGGAAUGACAAAACAGGGUUACAACGGCUGCGAACGCUUUGGGCGCUCUGGUUGGCCUAACAAUAAGCUCCUGCCUAGGCUUGCCACGACACGGCUAAUUCCUCUCUACUGACCGAACCAGACUAUCUAGAAUAACCUCACCCAACGGAAGCGCACUCUAAUUCUGUCUGACAGUUUUUGGCCCUGGAAUUACACUGCCGUUCUACCGUUUUACUCUUAAAUUCUUGUAAAUUCGACUAACACGCCUAAAUCCAACUGCCCCAACAUCACAGACUGUGCAGCGAUGUCGUCACCUCAGCGAUCUUCAGGCAUCCCAAAGUUGACCCUGACAAAGUGCGAAAAUGGCCAGUUCAGUGUAGUGCCGAGUGCACGUGACGAACCAGACGAUGCGCGGCAAGGCGAAACUUCCUCUGAAGUAGUGCUGACAGCGACUACGACCCCGACGAAGAUACAUUCCGCAUCUCCACCACCACCGCCACCGCCAUCGCCGCCUCCACCACCGUCAUCGUCACCACAGCCACCGCCACCACCCCCAUCUGCAUCCUCGUUGCCACCGCCUAGUCCUCCAGUCCCCUCUCCGGCUGCCCAGGAUAACUGGAAAGUCAGCACAAGUCCUGCUGAAACCUCGCUCGGGAAGGACAAAGUCAAUUUUAUCGCUGGUACAGCCACUGCCGAACGAGGACCCCUGGCCUUGAAUUGCUUCUCAGGGUAGGUCAUGACAUAUAGUAGGCGCUGAAUUUGAUUAAACAGGCGGAAGUUCGUGAAAAAUACCUAAUAACUGAAACCUCCAACAGUUUACUGAUCAAAACACCCAAGUAAAAAGUGAGAGAUCCGAGUAGAAGAAAGAGGUAUUGAAAGUAAUAGUAAGUGGCAGCAGUCCAGACUUUCUAUUGCGAUUCUGGCAUUCAGGUUAGAAGAAGGGCAGUGGACGCCAGUUGACAUGUUCCAGUGUUUUUAAUCAGUUUGCCCCAGGAUUUUCAAUGCCCUCUUGUGUAACCGUUGUCCCUGAAACAUCUCCCCACCGAAAUACCAAUGGAAGUGUGCUCUCUUUUUUUCUCAGAAUGGGACCCACUUCUCCAGACAUUCGAACAGUCCACAAGGAAGUACUACCAGACAUGAAGGUUCAAGCCGAUAUUCCCGCGAUGGUCAGCUGUCCCAGUUCCUACCCUCUCCUAAACGACUCUCGCAUCAGCCUGCCGAACGACAAAAUGACCCUCAGCACCGCAGUGCUCCAAGGCGUAAGUGUAUGCGGGUCUGGCGAUCAGCUCUGUUUCUUCUUCCCGCGCUGAAGACUCCGGGGGCCAUGUCCACUGCUGCCAGUAUCACUAGUUUAAAUCACAGACAAGUGGUUUCAUCAUCUUUGCAAGCCGCAGGAGACAAGACAGUACAAGUGACCCCGUUAUGCGGCUCAUAUCACUUGCUCUGCCACCUCUCGCGCACAAACUUUCUUUAUCAAAUUAGGUUGUUAAUAGAAAGCAUAGCAGAGGCGAACAGGCUAGUUCCAGAAAGCAGUUCAGAAGAAGAAGAAGAUGCAAUCACUGGAACAAGAAGUUUAUUGGCCUGACGUUUCGGAUUCUCACUGUAGCCCAUCAUCAGAGACGGUUGCAAUGGAGGCACACAGACUGCAGUAUUUACAGUACGUAGCUGCCAUGGGGCCACAUGCGUACUAUAAUUAACAGCCCUCGUGAUCACCGCUGGGGUUCGUAAUUAAGGCGAUAAUGGCUCGUCAGUCCGCGUCCGAGUCGUUAAUUGCCGCAAUUUCAUCAUCCGUGUUGGAUGUUGACUCGGAAAUUUGGCCCUCUGUCACCAGGGUAGUUGAGCGCCCGUGCUCUCCCCACGCGACUGAUUCCCCUGCUCAGGGAAUGUCUCAGCACCGACUAUGGUAGUAGGAGGUCAUUGCGCUUGUUGGUGGAUUGCCGGUUCGAGUGAGAAUCUGAAACGUCAGGCCAAUAAACUUCUUGUUCCAAUGUUAAAAGUGGCUGAUGAUGAGAUGGGACGCGGGGGCUGACAAAACCAAAUAACCAAUCUACACGUACAGCACACACGACCCGAUUCGGCUCGCACAUCAUGCUGGCAGUUGGGGGAGUGAGUCAGGGCGACGGGCGACUGAUUGGGAUGCAGCGGCCAAUCUGGUAUAAAUCUUCGUCCAAGAGUGUUGGAUUUUUCCAAAUAACCAAACCUGGCUUCACAAACAAGUUCGGCGGCGUUGGAAAAAUACACCAACUACUCUCACCUGCUUGUUGCACCGGUGGGGAUCGAACUUUAUAGGGGAAAAUCCAUGCCAGGGGGGGUGCAGACAGAGCGUGCAAUUCGAUAGGCAACACACCUACAAAGACAGGGCUGACUGGAGUCGCUGUCUCUAGCAUGUUUGCCAUCGUUAAUAAACCCUGCCGUAACUACAUGAGAUUUGGGCCCAGGUUUACUUGGUCAUUUAGCCAGGCACUCUAACAGUUGGUUCACAGGCUAAUACUCCAGCGACGGUCCCAAAAGUACAAUACCUAUACAGUUCCUGCACAUGAGUUGCCGCUCCCUGUCCGUCCUCUUCCUUGGGAGACUUGAACCAGUUGGCAGUUGAAUAGCAGGCCAGUCGUGUGACCGUCCAGUCUAUAUCGGCCGUCCCGCAAAGCGAAUUUUGAUGUUCCCGAUUGCAGAUUAUGGAGCUUGAGUCAGUAGUUCACUUGUAGAGCACUUGGCUAGAUGACCAACGAUCAAAUGGUUCUGGUUCAAGGUCCAGGUCCUCCCGGCCAUUUCGUUUCAGUAUGAAAUUAAUUGGUACGGGAAUUAAUCUACAAGUGAUCAUUCCAAUCGCCUGAACUUUUCUCCGUCGCUGUGCGACCAGUCAAGGAAAUUUACGUGCUAUAUAGACUAGGUAUCCAACGAAAGGGAGUUGAUGUGCGAAGUUGUCGAGGCCAGGCCUACUGCAGUUUAAUGGAAUCUUGUAUAAUUUCGAAGAUGUGGAAAAGUAAAGACACGUUUCCAGUGCUCCACUAGUGCGUCUAACGCUACCGGCCCUAGUCCGGAGCUUGUCUUUUCGGACACCUGUUGUGACUCUUUGCUCACUCCUCCCACGGCCGUAAGUGCUUCCCAACGCUCCAGUAGGAUAAUCUCACCUCUUAAGCAUAUAUAUUCGUUAGAAUAAUCCCUUUCUCACGGAAUACUGAGUAGUUGCAUUCUUACCAUCUUGCAGAAUUCCACAGCACAAGUUCGGCUGGAUUCGAAAAUGCCGUUUGAUGCCGAGUCACCUGCCCUGUUAGAUGCCACGUCCACUUCCCUCCAGUCACGUGAUUUCAACUUCCGGUGGCACGGUUAGUCUGCUAUUUGAAAUAACCAUGCAUACUCUAUACUUGAGCAGAUAAAAGACUGAAUUCUACAACUGGCAUAUCUUUACUCGCCCUCCCUUCCAACUUAUUUCUUCUCAGAUGUCGACGACCGUCUGGCGCCAACACCGCACACAAUGUGGACCCGGAGAAUGGAUCCUCUACCCGCACCAGACUGCACGGUGUAUCCCACUCUGCCGCCAGCACCGACAACACAACCCAUUCAACUGCAACCCCACCUGAGUCAUCAGGUUUCCACUUCCUUGACACCCCAGCUGAACGCUGUCCAACUCCCGCCCUGCCAACAACCACCUAAUUUUCCACAGACAGCUCUCCCCCCUCAAUUUCCGGCUUCCCAGCCGCCAAUAACAACACAGUUUCUAACAUCGGCCUCCACUCCCCAACCUCAUACCGAAAAUGGGCUUGCGAGCCUGCCCAUGUGCAAUAACGCUGUUGACGGUUUCCUCAACAUACCCUUUUCCUCACCCAGUAUGACUGCAGCCGCCGCCGCCGCAGCCGCCCUUGCCGCUCAUUUUGGGCCGUCAGCAAACGUGCCUAUGCCUUCACUGGCAUUACCGUUGGACCUCUAUUCAUCACCUCAGAUGCAGUUUAUGCACUUUCUGCCAUCACAAACCGGUGUUGUCCCCUUCCAUCAGAUGUCUCCGGCUACGCUCAAUCUCCAGAUGCUAACCCCACCCAAUCCUAUUACCGCCGCCGCUGCCACCACCACUACCACAACCAGCGCCCAACCCCUGACACUGCAUCCCCCCGCUCCCACACCCACCUCCAGUUCUAUCUUUGCGUUUGUCCCUCCUCUCCCCGAAGUCAAUGCUGAUGUGGCCGCAGCUGCUGCAGCCGCGAAUGUGGCGGCCAAUGGCUUCUUCUUCUUUCCCCCGAAGCCGCCCGUUCCGACCCCGUUCCAAAUGGCGGGCCUCUUUGGCACUCCUGCUCCGCCAAUGUGCGGCGACAUGGCUUCCUCGGUGACGGCUCUGCAUCACAUGCAGGACCAGCUAGCUUGGAUCGGCAACAACGUCAAGGUCACUACCAGCAACAACAGCGCGAACGCCCUGCUUUAG